AUGUUGGCGGCACUUACCCGAGUUCUCUCUCCAUUCUUCGAUGCCCAGGGGAGAAGGCUGUUUGUAGACUUACAACAGCUAACUGGUGCUCUCAUAUCAGGCUCGACGGCGAUAUCAUUCUUCAAUGAUACGAUGUACCGGAACUCAGAUCUCGACGUAUAUGUCGAGCACGAUAAACAUGCACCACUGAUCAAUUUUCUCCUCGAAGAAGGAUAUACUUUCAUUCCUUCGAAAAAAUCCAAUUCCCAUAGCAUCGACACCCCUCUCUUCCCACCCACACCUCCGAAUCAUAUCAGAUUUGAAUUCGAUAUAACCACAUAUGACAGCGAAAGCAUUCUCUCUGUCUACAACUUCAGACGGCAUGACACUGGUCGAGCAGUUCAAAUCAUCGCCACUAGCCAUUGUCCUCUCAAUACUAUUCUUAACUUCCAUUCUACGUGCGUUAUGAAUUUCAUCAGUGACUGCUAUGCUGUCAGUCUAUAUCUGGAUGCAACAUUUGUAUAUCACGUUGCUCUCGCCAACUAUCGAAUGACACAUAUAAACGACAGUGGAUGGAAAUACGUCACACGAAGGAAAUGUGCCCAUACAUUGGAUUACCGGAGUGUCGUUCGAAGAGUAGGGGAUGAAUUUUGUUGGGUUGUCGACUUGUGGGACGAUGUGGAAGACCACCACAAUCUUCAGUGUAAUACUUGGACUCUCAGUUACACCUGCGAGGAUCACAUUCGCUUUGAUUUUGGUGUUAUGCAAUCUCUGCUUUUUAAUUUGUCAUAUUGUGUUGCAGGAGCUGUACGAGACAGGGUUCCCAUCUACGCGAAUGGCUGGUAUGAGUCCAAUUAA